GCCUGGCAGCUUCAUCCCCGCAGGAAGAUGUUCAAGCUGUGUACUUUGGGUAUCGUUCUGUGCCUUCUGGCCCCAUCUCACGAGACCACCCCUGGGACUGUGGUGAGAGUUCAUCAAGAAGCGCUGGAGUAUGUAUGCCAAGAAGGAAGACCAUUCCUUAUAAAGGGUAUGAUGGCCAUACAGGUCCCAGCUUAUAAGCCUCCUGGGUUUAUUUUUGGAUCCGUUCUGAAAAUAGUGGGCAUCAAAAUCCUGGAUGUUCAGCUCCCGCACCUCUCUGUGAAGCUCAUUCCAAAGACCGGCGUCCAGCUUUCCUUCAGCAGUAAAUUGCACAUGAAAGGCAACAUCUUGGAGUGGAAGCUGGGGUCGUCCAUCUUGCUUGAUGUCCGGGUCACGCGCAGCCCCAGUGGCUUCCCCAUCUUGAGCAUUACCGCUUGCAAGUCCCUAUUGGGAGAUAUACAAAUUCUCUUUGGCGGAAACAAUUUACUUGGCUUCCUGCGGCCUUUUCAGAACCACCUCCGAGCCAUAUUGGUUGACAAGAUGUGUCUGAGCGUCUCCAAUGUGGUUUUGGGGCUGAAUGCCCACUUGAGAACCAUGGUUGGCCUGAACACCAUCAACUCUAUGUCUCACCUCCAGUACUCCAUGCUGGAGAACCCUGACAUCACCAGUGAAUACAUGGAUCUCGAUUUGGAUGCUGCCUUUGAAAUGAUGGGGAAGCCCGUGCAAGAUUCCAGCCCCCUGCCCCCUUUCUCCUUACCCCCCCAAGAGACGGCUGACGAUGACUCCAUGGUGACCAUGGGCCUGUCCGACGACAUGUUUGAGCAUUUCUUUCAAACCCUGGAAAAAUCUGGAGCCUUUAAUCUGAACAUCGGAGGAAAGUCGGGCUCUGGAGACUUCCACCUCUCCACCUCUAUGCUGCAAUCUGCCAUCCCCUCGCUUGCACAAAAGUAUCCCAGGGAUGUUGCCAUCGCUCUCAUUGUGGUCCUCGCUGAGCUUCCUGUUGUCACCUUGAAAGAAGGCAGAGCCACGCUGAGCAUCAGUCCCACCAUCCACCUGGAGGUGGCCGAUUCGUCCUCCGAGACCCUCUGCUCUCUGCGCUGUGUGCUGGCCUUGUCCCUCCAAGUGGAUGUCUCACCGACCUACCUCCAGUUAUCGGUUGCCCUUCAGGGGGAGAUGGGUCUGGAGAUGGUUUCUUCCAGUGUGAAAGACGUGCAGGUCAGUAAGAUGAGAACAAUCAUAGUCUCGGUGAUGGAGAAGAAUUUCCUGGCUCACAUGAACGCUGUUCUGGUCGGAGGAAUCUCUCUCCCCAAGCUGGCCAACGUCCAGUAUACCGAUGGUGACAUCGAGAUCCAUGAGGGUUAUGCGCAAGUCAACUGUGACCUUGACUAUAAACACUGA